AUGGCUGCUAAUGAUCAAGAAUCUAAAGUUCCCCUAAAGCUUUUGAUAGAUGACAAGAACAAAAGAGUUAUUGCUGCUGAAGCCAACAAGGAUUUUGUGGAUAUAUUAUUCAGUUUCCUCACUUUUCCAAUUGGAACAAUAAUCAGACUAACCAACAACAACCAGUCAAUGCCAAAGAUUCCUACUUGUAUGAACAAUUUAUACAAAAGUGUUGAAAAUCUUAGUGUUAACCGUCUUUACACAGAAAAUUGCAAGUCAAUACUUUUAAAUCCAAGAAAUCCAUGCAUUGAAGAUUGUUUAAAGUUGAAAGUGAAGAUAGAUGAUUCUGUUUCCAACAAGUACUUCAAAUGCUCUAAUGACAAUUGCUCAAACAAGAGCUGGUUAGUUAAUGUUAAAUGUAGUUGUGAAGGGAAGACAUCUAAAGAGAUAUUUUCAGAUGUUAGAAAUCCAACAAAUGAUUAUUUAGGUGUUUUUAUAAAGGGAGGAAUAGAGUUUAUAAUAAGUGAUGACUUAAGAGUAUUGCCUGGUUCUCCAAUUUCUCUUGUGCAGUUGUUUUCUGAUCUUGGCUACAAUCACAUGAAUCACAUAAGGGAGAUGUUUGUGGAAGUUGGCAAGGAGGAGAUAUUAAGACUGCUCAUUUGUUCAUUGAUCUCAAAAUCUCCCUUAACUGAGGUGUUUAUAAACAAGCAAGCUAUAGUUGACAAUAACAUCAUGACUGAGCCAAGAAUUUCUCAAGUGUUUGCUGAGCCGCGAAACGUAUUCUCCAUAGAAAUAAACCUGAAGCUAAUAUUAAGCAAGUCUAGAAACAAGAUACUGUAUGCUGAAGCAGAGGAUUCAUUUGUCGAUUUUCUGUUCAGUUUCCUCACUUUUCCUAUUGGAUCAGUAAUCACAACUCUAAAAGGGAUUUCUGGACUAGGAUGCAUAGACAACUUGUAUAAAAGUGUAACGGAUUUGGAGUCACAAUGGUUUUCUUUUUCUUCUUACCAAAACAGAUUACUCAACCCUGGUGUUGCACCAAAACAUAAAUGCCAGAAUGUGUUGCUUCCAAUUUUUGUCGAACUUCCAGAUCAUAAUAAACUUAUAGAUCCAAGGGACAUAAGUGGUGGCAUAAGUGAAUUUGGCAGAUUCACAAAGUCACCUUCCUUGUUUAUCGUUUCGGAUGAUUUGGAAGUCAAACCUAUGUGUUCAACAUCAAGUUUUGGUUUACUCAAAGAACUAAAUGUACCCUUGUUUGACAUUGAAGAGAAAGUGAUCUCUUUUGGUAAGGCAGAGGCGCAGUGCUUGCUACAGGCGGCUUUAAUCGGAUCAUCAUCUGCUUUAACACUUGCCUUGAGCUCAUUCUUGAAAACACAGAGAGAAGAGGUAGACUAAAAUGCUACAAACUACAAAAGCAACUUGGCUUGGUGGCUAUACCAAGUAUGUUCUAAUAUUUGUUUUUAUAUUGCUGGUUGUGAGUCUAGGAUAAAGGAAAAUAGCUGUGGUAAGCUAACAGCCCGUAUAAAACUAGUCAAUUUAUUAUAAAUUCAGUUUGUAUUGCCUUCUGGACAAUUU